GUGAUGCUGAUACUUUCCGUCUUCUGGCUACAACCCUCUUGCUCGGAAAGGGUUGUUAUAUCAGGAGUGACAGCCGUUAUCGACACGAUCUUCUUGGUGUACUUCGCCUAUCGACUGCCCGCAAUGGGAACCAACAUUCCUCUCAUUGUUAAGUUCUACUCGUACCACCUGUUGCUGGUCUGUUUAUCAUUGGUGGUGACAAUCGCUCUACGGAAUGUGCCCCGGUCCGUGCCUCUACCCUGGGCCAUCCACAGGUUCCUGAACGGCCGCCUGCCAGAUCUUCUGGGCCUGAAGAGUACUCAGAACAAGUUCAUGUCAAUGUACCCCAGACAAGACAGUGAGGAGUUACAUGAACGCUCCCUGGUGGACCGAGGUCGCACCGAGUCUGUGGACACGACCUCGCAGCAGAGCCUCAACUUCACUCGGGAAUGGUUACUAUUUGCCACAGCUGUCGACAGACUAAUGUUUCUUCUUUACUGUUUCAUAUUCCUUUUUAUUGGUCUAAAGUGUUAUCUAACUUAACAUGUGGUCUUUGAAAUAUCAACAAUAUACGUUUUUGGUUUGAAAUUAGUA